GAAGGGUGCUUGCAUCUCCACCAACCGAAUCAUGGCCAACCUAGUCCACCCCCCGCUAGAUUUCUUGCACAACCCAACCAGUCAUUCCCCAUCCUGCUUGGGAUUCGGAUUCGGCCUUUCAGUAAGCUCUGGAGCUAGUUGCCAGUCUACAAUGUCCCUGGGACAUACGCAGCCUGCUACUUUCCAGCAACUAGCCUCCAGCAUGAACCUCCCCGCUUCUGCUCACCGCCCACAGAAAAGAAGACAUGAAUUAGACGAUGAAACGGAAAGCUCCAGUCGACAUGGCGCACGGGACGUAGCCAUGGACCGAAGUCCAACACCAGAACGCCUUAGGCGUGCGGCACCAAAGCGAGCAAAGGUCGCCUCUGUUGUUCACUCAAAAGAUGACAAAGGUGGAAAAGAAAAUAGCUCAGUGGGCUCAGAUAACGAUGUUGACGUCGGCGUUCUCCUUGCGAGUCUGCCACCGCAAUCGCUGCUUCCUCUGCUUAAUUCUAUGAUUAGCGCUCAACCAUCACUUAAAUCUCUCAUACUACCUCUGAUACCCCGUCCGACGCUGGAUACAGCUAUACAAGCUCUGGAGCAAUCAGCUCGAAAACUUCGGGAGGCAUAUCCCUAUUCCAACCCUUCAUCCUUUGCGCCAGGAACAUCAUCAACGACCUCUUUUGGUUUUGGAAUCACAAGCUAUAGAACACCCCUCGGCGGCCUACCCUCCGGCUUCACACGUUUCGGCCAGCAGAGUCAAGCAGGCCCAUCUGAUGGUGGCAUGCGAGAGUCAUACAUCCUAUCGCGUCUACGACCAGCUAUACAUGAAUUCGUGUCAGCCUGCAUGUCAUAUGUGCCAUAUUUUUCAUAUGCAUCGCCUUCAUUACCGUUGCACGUUGAUUCCAGCGCUUCGACACAGUCACACUCUUCAGCCCUUCAGCUGCAACACAAAGACAAGUCUCAUCCGUCAGAGACUUUUCUCUUCCUUGCGGCCCUCAGCAACCAUAUACUUUCUCAACCAUCCUUGACACAAUCAUCACUGGCCCCUUUGUUACUGCCUCGGCUGAUUCAAGAGUGGCGAGCCUGGAUAGAUCGGAUAGACGAGGUCGUGAAUCAACAAGGGGGGAUGUUUGGAGUGGACUCCGUUAGAAGUUGGGAAAAAGGCUUGGACGAGUUUGCCGAGGCGAAAGGUCCGGAGGGAUGGCAGGACAUGCGAAAGGUACGAGAUCAGUGGGUAGCAAAGGUCGGGUGGCUGGUGGGUAGGAAUGUGCUACACCUAAUGGAGGAGGAACUUUGAUAAGCACAACAUGUUUGACCUCGUAAUGCGUGUUUGGUCGAGCUCAAAUUUCCCUGUUGAUGAUCCUGAGCGGAGUCGUUGGAUUAUGGUUUACUGAUAUGUAGCUCAUAGGUUUUCUGGUGGCGUAUCUCAUCGCUCAUUAUGUAUUUAGUCAUGACCGAUUCUUAUGCUCACUCGCAUGUUGUAUGACUAUAUCGAUCGAAGGUGCACACCUGUUUCUUCAGAGCGUGUCUUCCGGAGCGUUUACCU